GGUUUUGAUUGGUGGUCUCGGCGAGUUGUCGAGUUGCCGAGUUUUUCAAGAGAAACAUUGCUAGUGUCGAGCAAAAUGCGCUAAUGCUACCAAUAUUUGAUAUCACGUGGUAUUCACGACUACUUGCUUAUUUAUUAUUAUACGUUUUUUUAUUCGACGUAAACCUUUGCUGCAGAUAAGAUACAAGGCGAACUUGUCGAAUUUCAAUUAUUUCUUUUCGAUAAUUCGAUUAAUCUGGUGGAAAAAUUAAACGUGAAUUUUUCACCCGAAAAUAUACGAGUAUCUCGUCGAAUUGCGUGAUUCGUGCUGCGUUCAACUUUCGGUCAUCGUGAGAAAAAUUUCAAUCGGUUUUCGAAUUUGUUGUGUCGAGGUAUCGAUUGUAAAAAAAAUUUAAUCAAAUUCGAUCGUUUGAGAAGUGUUACGGUGAAUUGUGGAUUUUUUUGUCAUCUAGAUCGCGAUUUUAAUUUCGAAUUUGUACGUAGUUAAUUGUGAUGGUGUUUUUACUUUCUUGUUAUUAUUGUAUUGGGACGUAAUCUACGCAGGUAUCUUUUUGUCCAUUCUACCUUGCUGGUAUUUUUUUUUUCGGGGCCUUUUGUAUUCGCCACAUCGGUGCUGCUGUGUAUUAUGCGUAAAUGUUCUGAUAGUUUUAAAAAGAAAAAACCCCUAUUUUAAAUACUGGUAAAAUGCCCGAUCAAAGUGUCGUCUCGUACUGAGCACCAGCAAUUCGUUUCGUUUCGCGAUUGAAUUGUUCGACGAGUAUAAAAGCUUAUAAUACGUAACAAUGAGUUCGUAUCAGUUUGUGAAUUCGCUAGCAUCGUGCUACCAACAAGGCCAGCCGCCCAGACCUGGAGGAUCACCCCUAGACACCGGUAGCCCAACAUCCGACUAUUAUGCUCCAAAUGCCGGAGUGGUGCCUUCGUACAGUGCAACAACCGGAUGCUAUUCGCCUCAACAAUAUGCCGGACAAUACAUGCAACAGUCUCCUACCGGUAUGAUGGACUAUACCCAGCUGCAUACGGCUCAACAACACCAACGUUUGACCGGCGUCCAUCUCCAGCAGUUGCACCAUCACCAUCAGACGCUGGCCUCGCCUGGGGCCAUGUCACCCAUACUGAAUAACAAUAACAACACCACUGUUACCAAUUUAGGAUCGGCUAGUUGCAAGUACGAAGUGAAUAGUCAAAAUAAUGCUGUAUCAGCGGCUACCACAAAUGGUAUAGGAUCUCCUCAAGAUUUGACCACAUCGGCGCAACCGAACAGAACACCUCCACUGUCCACAGGCCAGAUUAAAUCAGUGACGCCGAGCAGGACUCCGGGUGGGUCCGGUGCAUCGCCUUCGGCAGCUCAAAGCUCCGGUCCAGCUUCGCAAAGUUCCUCGUCACCGGCUUCGUCGACGUCGUCGUCAUCGCCGGGAGGCAAUAAUUCAUCGUCUGUUGGCGGGAAAUCCGGCAGCUCCGGUAAUCCGCCCCAGAUAUAUCCGUGGAUGAAAAGGGUGCAUCUUGGACAGAGUACCGUAAACGCCAACGGUGAAACGAAAAGACAACGAACUUCGUAUACUCGUUACCAAACCUUAGAACUUGAAAAAGAAUUUCAUUUUAAUCGCUACCUGACGAGAAGACGACGUAUCGAAAUCGCCCACGCUUUAUGUCUGACCGAAAGACAGAUCAAAAUUUGGUUCCAAAAUAGAAGAAUGAAAUGGAAAAAAGAGCAUAAAAUGGCCAGUAUGAACGUAUUACCUUAUCACUACCAUAUGUCGCAACCUUACGGAAAUCCUUAUCAAUUUACACAUCUAACCACCUGAGAUACGUAUUAUUAAUUCACUAACGAGGGGCUAGAUACAUAAUUAACCUAAAUGGUUAGUUUAUUAAUGCGGUUAACCGCGACGGUUAAUUCCAUUAAACACCUACCUCUAGUCCCUGGUUACUGAAUUAAUAAAAAAGUUCAGGAUUCUAUUUUACUUAUUAUUAGCAUUCGUUUCGGAUGACUUUUAGGUUCUUUGAGUAUUUUACGCGAGACGUGACAAUAUACACAUUACAAAUACGUACGCAGACCUACGUCUAUGACUAUUUGGCUUGACAAAUGUCAUCGUCAAUGUUAUAAUUACCUCCGCAGGUAACCGGUUCUUCGCGAUUAACCGGCUGGGAAAAGCAUACACUCCCCUAUGUAAGCUUACAUUCCCCUCGCACCAACUCGGUGUAUUUUCUUUUUCUAUUGAAAUUGUAAUUUAAAAUAUGGUGCAGCUUCGUUUAUUAUGUUAAUUAUUAUUUAUUUUUAAAUUUUUUUUCUUCUUUUCCGACGUAAUUACGCGCAUUUAUUCGACUCGAAUUUACAUUUUACUCCACGUGAGCGUAUAUUAGCGAGCCGAACUUCGCAUGGUCGUUUCUUUUUUUUUAUGUUUUUUUAAUUGUUACCUCAAAACGUAAUCUUUCGCUCGCGCCAUUUCCCAUUAUAAUUGUGAAUUUUUCCAGUAAAAAUGUGCCAUAUACACGAUAUGUCGCAAUGUUAUUAUUUAAAAAGCUACACGAAUACUUAUAAAUAUCUGCAUACAAACGUAGAUAUUUAUGAGAAUUUUUUUUGAACGUGGUUUAUGUAAAAUGGAUCAAUCAACAAUUCCAAGGAUAAAGCCGUAAUUAUCAACAGGUAUAAGUCGUCUGUGCAUAUUAAAAAUUGAAAAACCUCGAAGAAAAAGAAAAAUAAUCCGGGGUUAGUGUACCAUUCUAUCGUAAUAAUGAAACACCUGUCAUUAAACCUGAUUUCGCUUCUAUUAUCGUAGCCUCAUACUACUUCCAUAAUCAAAUCGUAACCCAUCUAUAGUACCUAUAGCUAAACUUGGACUGCAGGACAAUGCUAGGUAGAGGUAUGUACUUUGUGCACGAACGAUUUUCAUACCUUAUUUGCCAUACGAUAUCUGAUUAGUUCUUUAAGAGAUGAUUUGCACUUGCGGUCAGUUUAUUGUCUGGAAUACAACCACCAAUGAUGAUGAAAAAAAUCACUUCAAGGAUAACUCGAUACCACUAUACGAAUUAUGCAUCUGUUCUUGAUUUCAUUGGCAACCAAGUUGAUUUUAAAAUCUGUCCCGAGUGCAUUGGCAGAAUUCUUUUUUUUUUAAAUCUUGUUGAAAAAUUUAUAAAAAUUGAGCUCGUAAAUUUAUGUAGUCAUUUUUCUGACACAGAUCAAAGAAAUUCUCGCAUUUUCACGCUCGUUGUAAGAAUAACAAGAUUGCUACUUGAAUCACAAGUUCACAGAAUUAUAGGUUCAGUUGUUUAGCACCAGGUUUGAAAUUUUUUUCGAAAAUUCAAUUCCACGCAAACAUGACAUAAUACCUCGUUAUUUGUUUAUUUAGGGCAAAAAUCAAAGCAAAAAAUUACGAUAAAAAACUCAAAUUUCUCAAAAAAAAUGAUUGCAGGGCUUGAAAAAUUUGGAACAAAUUGAAUGUAAAAAAAAAUUAAUGAUUCCGGUUUGAAAUUUUUUUUGGAAAGAAUUCUUGAAUUGAGAGCUGAAUUGAAGGGAUAUUUUGUUGAGAGGAAAGAAGUGAGGGAGGGGGGAGGUAUAUAACUAAAAUUGGCUUUAUUGCAGAAAAAAUGAAAGGAGCGAAUUUAAUUGGAAACUUUCGUAUAGGAUUUACAGGGUGGAUUGAGAGGAGACAGGAAAGGAACAGGAAUUCGCUCUUUCACAGUUACCAGUUUUGUUUUUUAAGUUGAAAAAACUGAAUUUUAGUUGAAUAAUUUUCACGUCUAUUUCAUCGAUAAUUUUUUCACAGUUUGUCUUCAGACGUUAUUGAAAAAUGGGAUGAUAAUUCAUUAAAAUAAUGAAAUGAAUGAAUGAAAACUCAAACUAGUACUUAGUCUUGAUGAUUGAAUGUAUGUCAAACUGAUCCAAAUGAAGAUUAGGUAUUGAAAAUGUCAUUUCAAGAAAAAAAUCUACUUGGCAAAAAUUCUCCAACAACUUGAUGCACAGGUUUAUGCAGAAAACGCUAAUUUAAUUCCUUUGUCUAGGCAGUUGUGGGACGUUAGAUAUUUAUUACGAGAAAAGUAAUAAAAAAAUUCCAUCUCAUAAUACUUUUUGGUUGAACUUUUUUUAAAUUGAUUUUUCUGGGCCAAUCAAAGUAUUUCAUGAAAAAUGAAAAGGCAAUAAAUUAUUAAAUUUUGAAAGAAGCUUCGUAUUCGAUCUCUUGACCAAAAUAUAUAGGUAGCUGGUAGGUAGGUACCUACCAAUGCACCUUAGGGUGGAUCGCGAAAAAAAAGUCUAUAAAGUUGAACCAAAUUCAGGUAAUAAAGACCUUCACUUUGAGUCCGAAGCUACCCAAAAAAUUCCUACCACGAAAGCAUCUCUGGAGGGCAGAUAUAGGCCCCUAAAGAGGGGAAAUUUUCGAAAAAAAUGUGUUUUUUUUUGCUGUAGCUCCUGUCCAAAUUGUUUUAGGAAACGUGGCUCAAUUCCAAAUGAUAUUGCUGCUAAAAUUCGAGACCACUUUAAAGGUAACUGCGGAGCAGUUAAAAAUUUACAAUUCACUUUUUUGGGUUAAUUUCGAAAUUUGAAAAUAUUUUCUUCUCGAGAGUCACCUAUACUGCAUCUAAUCAUGGUAAAUUAUCGAAAGAUACUCAUUAUUUAUGAAAUUAAGGGCAUAUUCUGGAAUGCAAGGGUACUUAAUUACUUACCAAUUUUUUGAUGAUUUUUGCAAAUUCCAAAAAUUGAGGAAUAAGACUGGCAAAAACUUAUAAAAUAUUUUUUCGAGUUUUUGAAAUUGACAAUAAAAGUCAAAAAAAUUGGUAACACUGCAUUUCGAAAUAUUCCCUCAAAAUCCUUUGACCAUUUUUUUUUUUUUGCGAUCCAGUUUAAUGUUUCCUACCUAUGUACUUAUUUCUGCUCGUCUUCUCUUAUUCGAACUGAUCAAAUUGGAAAUUUGAAUGGAUAAUGGAAGAAUUUGACGAUUUAAGGAUUGGAAAAUAUUGAAUUUUUUCAUUUUAUUUUUCUCAAUUUCAAUUGAUCUUUAUGGUAAUCGAAAUUUCACAAGGUAUAUUCACGUCUCGUAAAAUGCUCAAAAAAAGAACGUGCUAGUCAAUUUUUUUAUGCUGAACAAACGUUCAAAUUUGUACGUAUUUAAUGUGUUAUAAUUUUAAAAAUUUUAUGUAGUUGUUAGAUUGUUGUUGUAUUAUGCAUAUAAAGUUUUCAGUCUGUUUUUCACUCUCCUGUUUUUUCUUUUUUUUUUGUUUUUGUUAUUCGUUUAUGAUUUUUUUUUCUUUUGUAUGAUGUAUAAAGAAAAUGCCUCUUAUAUAUUUACUCGAGAAUGUAUAACGUUUUAUUUCGACAGCUUAUAAUAAAAUAUCGCCUCUCGGGGGCAAAUUGUUAUCGAUUAAGUCAUGAUCUGUAAAUUUUUUUGUUCUAAUCGAAAUACCCAUGUGAGCUCGUUCUACAUUUAUGUGAAAAAGAACGUCUUGUUGAGUUGUUGCAUAUUAAUUUUUUUCUUUUUUUUUGUUUUAAAUGUGUAAAAAAGAAUCAAAAAACGCUUAUUUGCAAUCUGAGUAUUGCCUAAAAUUCAGCUGAGCAACCUAAUUCACAACCUAGUGUGACGAAAUUAUGGCCAAAAAUUUUAUAGUUACGAUUGUCUCUUGACGCGAUUAUAUCGUUUAUCAUAAAUAUAUACUUUUAGUAUAAAUGUGAUAGCCAGUAUAGUGUUUUCUUUUCUUUCUUUUUUUUUUUAUAAUUACACUAGGCAACGGCAUAUUUGUGUUCGGGUUGAAAAUGGGCUUAAUCGAUAGUUUAGACCCUAAAACAAAAAACAGAGUGGGGUUUUUCAAUUUGAGUUGUUUUUGUAGUCAGGAGAGAUGAUCAAAGUUGCAAAAAUGGCCGUUUUUGCCCUAUUUCACGAGUUUGUGGAGACAUCAGUAUUAUGUUUCAAAAAAAACCAAGGUCAUAUUCGGAUUCUACGCACUUUUUUAAGUAAACAAUUUCACCGGAUUUUUUAUUUUCGAAGUUUCAAGCGCAUACGGAAGAUUUUUGUUUGUAACAUAUCUUAAAACUCGGAGUGAGAGCCUCGCCCGCGCGAACACGGUUCCGAGCCACGAGUACGUGGUGGAGUAACGCCAGCGUCGCGCGCUCCGAGUUUUAAAAUAUGUUAUAAACAAAAAUCUUCCGUAUGCGCUUGAAACUUCGAAAAUCAAAAAUCCGGUGAAAUUGUUUACUUAAAAAAGUGCGUAGAAUCCGAAUAUGACCUUGGUUUUUUUUGAAACAUAAUACUGAUGUCUCCACAAACUCGUGAAAUAGGGCAAAAACGGCCAUUUUUGCAACUUUGAUCAUCUCUCCUGACUACAAAAACAACUCAAAUUGAAAAACCCCACUCUGUUUUUUGUUUUAGGGUCUAAACUAUCGAUUAAGCCCAUUUUCAACCCGAACACAAAAAAAAGGUCAAAAAUUGUUGCCUAGUGUUAUUAGACGAUCGUGUAGAUAAAUUUUAAUUUAAUUUUCAGUGCAAUAUUUAUGUAAGUUUUAAACGUUUUUUUCCUCUUUUCCUCCCCUACAAAAUCGAUGUAAAUAAAUUAUUAUGCUUUAUGUACAUAAAUAGGUGAAUUUUUUUUUGUAUAUAUUUCGGGUAUAGGAUUAUACUUUUUUUUUGUUUUAAGAAAUUUCUCGAAUAAAAAUUUAACUUCAAAAAUUA